UCCAUCGACUCUUAUCUCAGCUACGUCAUGGAAAACCGGCAGAUCCUAGCCCUUUCGCGUUACGGCAUGAUCGUCGCGGGAAUAUGGCGGCUUCCUUUCACUUCGCGAGCCGCCGUACGAAAAUUCUACGCGUUGUAUUCCGCAUUUGUUCAUGUUUUCUUUGCCGCGUUCGUCGCGUCCAUGCUGAUACGUUUCCUCAUACUGGUCGCUGAAAAGUCUUCUGCCGAAUUACUUUUCGGUAGCUUCGCUUACCUGAUUUCAUUCUAUAUCACCGCGAUCAAAGCGGUACUUUGUCAAUCUAGCGAAUUUAAACGAAUCCUCUCUUACAUCGUCGAGGAAGAACGCCGGAUGGCAAUGUCAAACAAUCAGGAGCUGUUCCGGUGUCACCUGGUUCAGAUCCGUUUUGCCGAAAGGAUCAACCUCGGCAUAUUCAGCAUCACCGUGGGUCUGAGCGUGUCUGCAGUCAUGGCGAAUGCAAUGCAAAGAGCCAACGUGGAAGAGUACAACAGAUCCUACAACGCUAGUCUCGAGAAACACUUCGUCUAUGAGCUUUACUACGCGAAGGUAAACACCGAGGAUCACGAAAGGUUGCUGGCGAUACUGCACGCAUUCACCACCGCUUGGAUUCUCUUUGUCGGAUCUUCAACCCAGUGCAUUUUUAUUACGUGUAUCGUUUUCGCUUCAUCUGUAUUCAAGACGUUGCAGAUCAAGCUGAGAAUGUUGUCGACAGAAGAUGCGUUGAAAAACUUGAGAAGUCUCGUCGUCGAACAUCAAAACGCGAUCCUGUUCGGAGUCAAACUAAAUUCUUCGGUGAAGUACCUGAUGUUGAUGGACUUUCUGUUCAGCUCGCUCAACAUAGGACUGGUGCUGAUUCUUCUGCUGCGGGCGGAAAAUACCACCCAAUUUACCACGUCGUUUUACGCCUGUCGCUUGAUCACCAUCAUUUUCGCCAUUGGUUGGUGUUCCAACGAAGUCCAAAUCCAGAGUCUCGGACUAAGCGACGCGAUCUACGAAAGUCCGUGGUACGAGCAAACUGAGGACGUCAAGAAAAUACUGCUGAUGAUGAUUGUGAGAGUACGGAAACCAGUGGCGCUGACCAUAGGCCCUUUCGACGAAAUGACGCUCCAGUCGUCGCUAAGGAUAAUGAAAGCGGCGUAUUCCUACUGUGGCAUAAUGGCGAAGAAGUACAACUGACGGCAAUAUGAAAAACGAUUAACGGACAACGGAGGGGAGAUAAUAAAAACGGAAUAAAAUUAUUUCAUCUCAGG